CUAGCGUUCUUUCUACUGCCAGCCAUGCACUACCUGCCACGUCUGCGCAAGAUCGUCACCAGAAAGAAGAAGCAAAAGCCCCAGUUGGCCAGGCCGUCCCAGCCGCUGGACUUCUACACGGAGAGGACGAGAGCCUCGAUCGCAUCGUCUGCGGCGCCCAUAGAGCCUACGCGACCCUUCGAGCAUGGACUGAGGCCCAAGCUGAUACGCGAGCGUGUGGCCGCCGCGGUAGUCGUGCCCGAGGAACUGCGCCAUUGGGCCGAGGACUUCCCGUGGCGCCGUGUGAUGCACGCAGCCAUCGCCUCGGCGGUCAUUGUGGGCGUGUGCGCGGCGGCGCUGAUCGUGGCACGGAAGGCGGAGGUCAAACUGCCCAUCUGCGACGAGGACUGCAUGUUAUACACCAAGCUGCUCAACGAAACCAUGGACUGGUCGGUGGAUCCUUGCCAAGACUUCUACCGCUUCGUGUGUGGCCGCUUGAAUAACAAGUCGUCGGUGCGCGACCGUAUUGGCCGCCGCUUCAUCCAAGCGGUUGCCGACAUCGCCAGACACGAGGACGUCCCGGCUGAGGGCCAGACAGCGGCGCAGAAGGCGGCGCGGUUCUUCAAGUCAUGCGAGGACAUCGUGACGCAGGACACGGACUACGUGCCACGUAUCCGCGGAUACAUGCGCGACGCCAACCUGCACUGGCCGGAGCACCCCGAGACACGUGACAUCGAGUCGGUGGACGUGUUUCGCAGCAUUCUUGAACUCAACGACAAGUGGGGGUGGCCCUGCCUGCUAGACUUGAGCCCCGAAUACGUCAGCGAUACAACGUUUGGGGUCUUCGCACGUCCUACCAGAGGCCUUGAUGAGUUCCAUUACCACGUGGCGACGCUUGGCGUGGGGUCGCCAGCCCAUCGAACGUACUUCGAUGCGCUGUACGCCCACUACGGUGGAGGCGUCCUGCAUGGCGUCACCUUCGAAGAGAUGCUGAGUUACGAGUACGACAUCAUGCUGCCGCUGCUAGAAGCGUACUACGCCCCGCCCAGGAGAUAUGUGUUCGAGAGGAACUACUCGGAUACCUCGGGAACGUGGGAACGGUGGACCAGCGACAUCGAAGAUUUCUACGGUUUGACCGGAAACGAGCGGAUCGAGAUCGCCACCAACAACGACGUGUACUUCAAGCUGUUCAUCGAGCUGAUCAAGACGAAAGAGACCAUCGUCGAGCUCGUCAUAGGCUGGAUGGCCGUCAGGUUCACCGCGCGGUUCGCCAACCGGCAGCUCAUCGCCAACCACUACAACACUCUGGAGGGCGUGGAGGAGCUCCACCGGACAGGCUGCUUCGCCGUCGCCAGCUACCUCCUGGGGGCCGCCCUGUUCCUGCCCUUCCUGGAGCGCGUCUACACCGAACCGGUGCGCACGGACGCGCGGCGCAUCGCGAGGGACGUGCGUCGCAUGGUGUACCAGAGGCUCGAGCGCGCCACCUACCCGUGGGCCGAACUCGACGUGGCCUUCAAUUACAUCGAGAUAGCCCGAGUGGACGACAUCGAGGCGAGGUUCGGAACCGCGUGACGCCUCAUAGUAAAGCGAAUGCGAAGUGAAAGCGUUUUAGCUUUGCGGCGGUACGCUGCGGUGUAUGCGCUAAGCCCAGAGUGGACGCAGCCUCGCCGCUCCUAUAUUUGCCUAUGUACCGCGCCUCACGAGGACUAGUCGGGGCCGGGUGGGUGUCGAAAUAAGCGGUAAGUGAAUCGAAAACCGCGCUGAACCCUUAUUUUUUCGAACCUUCAACCCAAAGCUAAGCGGCGAAACGUUUCAGCCAUUAAGCAAGUGUGGUAGUUCGUAGAGCGCUACGCAGUAUCUAUAAAAUACGUGAUAAGAAGUCCAUUUGCAAGGACAGUUGGGAGUUUUAAUUUUUGAACACCCAAAAAGCGCAACCGCCGCGAGGUGUACUUUCGUGUACUGUUUUGUAGUCCUCGAACUUUGCACAUUUUAGUACUAAUUUUGCGUUAUAUUCAGGAGUACAAAAGUACGCAAGCACUAGAGGGCGCGGGGUUUGCAGCACUCGGAGGCCAAUUGGUGCGCUAGUUUUAAAACUUACUCUUGUUGAAAUUUCGGCACUUUCGUACUCGGAGCAGGUUCACCCAAUACCCGGAUAUGGAGGCCAGCUUUGUAAAGAAUCUGCGUGACGCGAUUAAGGCCUUCCGUCGGUCGGACAUCGAUGACAUCGGCACGAUGCCCCAGCCAUGGUCGCUUGAAAACGACUUCUACCACCCGCAUGUUAAGCGCGACCGCUUCGACUACACCCUCAAGCCGUCCAUUUUGAUGACGCCUAUGUACCACAUGACCGCACCUAUGCCGGUGCGCUUGGGCACCUUCGGCGUCGAAGUGGCCAUGGCAACGAUCGAGUCCUACAUGGAGCUUCGAUUCCAAGGCCACGGGACAGAUCCCCUGGACCGCUUCCAAUCAUGUUUCUUCGGCAUGGAGGAUAAGCAGCGGCAAGAGGAGCUCACUCCCCAAUGGGUCAGUCUAUUGGAGACCAACAUGGUAGAUAGCGUUGCCCUGGACGUCGCGCUCUUGGUGCUCAAGCUCGUACCGUCCUUCGACGAGGAACGGCUGCAGGACGUGCCGCUCACGGGCCACCAGCUCUUCUACGUCGUCCACUGUUACACGCACUGCGCCGAAGAGAAUGGCACGUCAUUGUGCAACGACCCCCUGAAGCACAAGGAGGACUUCGCGACCGUCUUCUCUUGCCCGCCGCACAGCAACAUGCGAUUGGAGAAGUGCCCGAGCUUCUGACACCGGAAACCUCCACGGCACUGUAUUCCGCGUGGUACACCGCGAUAUCGUUUUCUCUUAUAACUAUUUAACCGUGUUCCCAAAACUGCGCUUCAAGCUAUCGGCAUGUUUCGCACAUAUCGACAGUGUUAACACAUUUAGCGAAAGUAUAUAGGUUUAGCACGGGCUGAAAUACUUGUUUCCUUAGUCUCAUCUCACAUGUGAUCAAAAUACACAGUUAUGCGAAGCCACCCCGCUAAGCGAAUCAGGGAAAGAAGACAGUAACAAACUGGCUAAACUUACCCAGCGCUGAUCUUUCCGAGACCAUUCCAUUCACACUGAAGGGUUAACAAUGGGGGAUAGAUGAAACCCUUUAGCAUAAACCAGAUGUGCCGGGGUAAUUGUUUGAAGCUUGUCGCGUGUAACGUGCCCCUUGUUUUUUUUUCUUUCAUAAUUUGUAAAACUAAGCCCCUCAUCGCAUUUGCCGCAAAACAGCAGGUGUCUUUUUGGUGUGGGGGACAUAAAGCUCGCGCGAGUUACGUCAACCAGCCAACUGCCCCACAUUGUGCAGCGCUAAUCGGUGUGAUGAUUCCAUUCGCACGGGGUAUGAAUUAGUAGAUGACGAUGGGACGAACUGCCGAUUCACUCUGUAUCUCGUUCCCGACUGUGUGGUGUGACCCGUUUGAUACUUUACGGCGCACUGCUGAUAUUGGACAGAGGUUAUAUCUGGUGUUUUGUUGGGAUGGGCGUCUACCCCCUUUCUCCGCCCUCCUGUUUUUGUAGUUUUUGUCAUUCGCUAUAUAUGCACAUACAUAUCCGUUUUUGAUGCUCAACGGUGCGUACAUUUGAACAAGCGCAAAUGAUGUGUACCUCUUUCUAAUGUUCAGCACGCCUGUGUACGUGUAAGCUAAUCCUCUUCGUGGUAUUUUGAAAGUGUUCCGCGCUUUGUUGUGAUUUUUCUAUUGCAGCAGAGUGCCGCAUAAGUCAAGUGCCCGUCGGACGUUUGUUCCAUGAAUCCUGCGCAGUCGGCGCGCCACCUGAACUCUUACUGUGACGCGUAUGCGUAUGAAAAUUGACUUUGCUGAUAUAGAACGCGGAAGGAGCGUUGCGAGUGUGACGUCUACUUUCAACUUUUUUUUUCACGAGCAAAUUUUUAGCAGGGGACGGACUCAUGUUCUCCUUUUGGCAUCAAUGUGACACGUGUUUGAACCAUAGUGCAUAUACGGACUACGAGUGUCAUACUCCGCACGUUCCCUAUGAGUUUAUUGGUAUUCCGUAUCAAGAUGACGACAAAAAACAGAACUUACGUGUACGGUGUCACACCCGGUUUGUCGUCCUCGAGGAUAUAACAAACAGCUCGUUUGUCAAAACCUUGUCUUCGGCUUGGUUCCUGCAUCGGCCGUUUGUACGUUGGAGCCUCGCUAGCUUUCGACCACUACACCACAUUGAUAGGCCAGGCCAGGGCUUUUUAAUUGUGCGGAUCACCGGUCGUUACACUAUCAGCGGCUCUACCCUUGUCGCUUCGUAUUCCUUGCGCACCUCGCACGUAUUUCCGGAAUGACAAUCUUCGUUAACAGAGAGGCGUCACGAUUACCGUGAGUGCAGGCCCAAUAGUCCUUGCAAGACGCGACAAUUAUAGACCGGUGGUGACGUAGUUCCCACAUGAACCCUCCGUGACGUGAUGAGCUUUGACGGCGUCUGCGCUAUUUGUUUUAUAGAUGAAAAUGAACUACGCUGUAUUCUAAAACGUGGAAAGAGAACAGUUGAGUAGUGUUGAGAGCGUUUACUGGUCGCCAAAAUGACCCGACCCCGAGAACACCCCUUGAAAUCAACGACGCCACGCUGAUGUACCGGCGCUGGGGUUUCGACGCGAACUUUCAAGAAAUGAAACUUUCGCCUUCGUUUUUCGCCUUCAAGAAUCGGUUUCCCCAAGUCGUAACUUGGAA